CGAGGGAGAAUGAGAUCAAAUCACCAUCACCAGAUAAAUCGUCAUGUACGCCUCAUCGGUCUCCUUGCUCGGAGUCGCUGCUCUGUUCGCAGGAACAGCCCAGGCGGCUCUGGUAGAACAUUACUGGAACAUCUCUUACACGCAAGCUAACCCGGACGGGUUGUUCGAGAGGAGAGUCAUCGGAGUCAACGGGUCGUGGCCACCCCCACCAAUCCUCGUCAACCAACACGACACCCUCCGCGUCCACGCCUACAACGGUCUAGGGGACGUCGGGACCUCUCUCCACUCGCACGGAAACUUUUUCAACGGGACAAACUAUUACGAUGGAGCGGUGGGGACGACGCAGUGUGCGAUCCCCCCAGGUGAGACGUUGACGUAUGAGAUCCCUGUGGAUCUGCAGGCGGGGACUUUUUGGAUCCACGGCCACUAUAACGGCCAAUACGUCGACGGUCUCCGCGCACCCGUCGUCAUCCUCCCCUCGGAACCGCGUUCGGACAACUUGACAUGGGACGAGGAUUAUACGGUGGUCGUCUCUGAUUGGUAUCACGAUGAACACCCGGUCAUGGUCAAGGAGAGGUUCUUGGUCUGGUGGAACCCGACCGGUGCCGAGCCUGUGCCAGAAUCCGCCAUGAUCUACGUCGCCAAGGACGGCCAAUACCUCUCAUCUUACGACGACUUGAUGGCAGGCAAGGGGACCAACAACGAUGCCGUCAUCCCGUUUGAAGCCGGGAAGAAGUAUAGGAUCAGGGUGAUCAACAUGUCCAGUCUUUCCAUGUUCCACUUGCAAAUCAAGGAUCACACCAUGCAGGUCAUCGAGAUGGACGGCAUCGACACCGUCCCCACCGAGACCGACAUGCUCACCAUCGCCGUCGCCCAACGAUACUCUGUCUACGUCGAAGCCAAGUCCAACGCCGAUUCCAACUAUGCGAUGAUGGUCUGGCAAGAUCCCGACAUGUACGACGCCAUCCCCGAGGAGCUCGUCCUGAACAAUACCGUCCAGAUCCAGUACUCGGCGGCCCUGCCCAAGGCGGAGGCGUUCACGUUCGAUGUGGCCCCGACAGAGUAUUCGACGUACCCGAUCGCGGAUGACACCAUCUUCAAGCCUUUGUUGAGGAACGCGAGUGCUCCGCCGGAUCAAGAGUUUACGAUCGUCGCCACUUUCGAUACCUUUGACGAUGGUACCCCUCGAUCGGCUUUCAACGAUGUUACCUACCAGAUGCCGAUGACCCCUACCCUAUUCACCGAGAUGACUAUGGGCAACGAUUCGAACAACGCCAGGGUCUAUGGGUCCAUGACCAACGCCUUGAUGCUCGAUCACCUUGCCAUGAUCCAGGUUACCAUCGUUAACACCGACACCGGUUUCCACCCGUUCCACUUGCACGGUCACGAGUUCCAAGUCAUGGGUAAAUCCACAGAUUACCUCUCGAAUGACACUUCGGUCAACCCGCCCAUUGUCGAGCAAGAGAACCCCAUGCGAAGGGAUACCGUCACCGUUCCUCCCGGAGGAUCCACGACGAUCCGAUUCAGGGCCGACAACCCCGGUGCUUGGUUGUUGCAUUGUCACGUCGAAUGGCACAUGAACCAAGGUCUUGCCGUCACCUUUGUCUCGUUCCCGGACGAGACGCAAAAGCUGUUGACGCUCCCUCAAACGUUGAUCGACCAUUGCGAGGCCCAGAACAUCCCCGCUAGCGGAAACAUCGUUGGUCUUAUGUCGACCACUGACUUUAAGGGCGAGCCUUACGGACCUUGGCCUCAGAAGUUGGGUUGGAGACCCAAGGGUAUCGUCGCGAUGACCGGUUGCGUCCUGACAGUCGUGCUCGGUUUCGCCACCGUCGUGUGGUACGCAUCCGGCAGUCUGGAUGACGCAGAGAUCGAGGAAGAGAUCAAACGAAAGCACGAAUUGAAGCAAAGUAGCGGCGGCAAGUUUGGAUUCGUCAAGAGGCUUGCGAACCGAAGUUAGAUCUAGUUGCUAUGCACAAUAAUGUAGACGUAGGGCAGAAUCUCAAUGCAUAAUCAAAACGAGCCGAGGUCGUGCAUGCCACCAGGCUUUCCCAAAAUAUCGACGAGA